AUGAGGGGAUUGCACCACGCCCCUCCAACUCAACCUCCUACACCCCCAACGUCUCAAGAAAUCAAACAACCGCCAUCUCACAUACCACUGCAAGCACAUCAGAUGCCUCCUCAAUCAGGUGGACAGAUGAUGCAGUAUUCAAUGCCGGGGACAGGUCGUGGAAGCACUCAACAAGCUUCGUUUUUUCCAUCGAGAGUGCCACCUGGAAGUCAGAGGAUGGCCGCUCAUGGAAGACCGUCUGUGGUACAACCUGUUUACCAAGGGCAUGUUUUGUCGACUCAAAUGUCUGGUCAAGGGCCCGUCUUUGUAGCUCCUCCGAUGAACCAACCUUUUCCGAUUCAACAACCGAGACAUUCAAGCGGUUCUUUUUUCCCCACUCCUCAAAUAUUGAUGCCGCAGCCUACCGUGUACACGCACUACCCCCAGCAAAUGUAUUACGCACAGUCCAUACAACCGAUGUCUAGGGCGGGAGGUCCAGCACCUAAUUCUCAGGGUGCUGCACCUGCUCAGCCACAAAUCCCAAUGACUCUCCAGCCGAUUUCGGGUCACAGUGGCGCCAUGAUACCCAAUCCGGGAGUUACGCAGCAAGUUAAACCUCGCAUUAAAAAAUUGCUUACCAUUAUCGAUCCGGACAAUGGGAGAAACGUACUCGAAGAUAUUAAUGAUAAUGAUCACGUUUCAUCAAGGUCGGGAGAUUUCAGCGCUAGGCAAACACCACAACUCGAUGAACAAGGAAACAGAGAUGUAACUAAUGAUUUUAAAAACGAGAAUUCUUCGUCCAAAUUGCAAGGGUCUAAUGAAAGGAUGUACCAAGAUACGACUAAUGCCGGGCAGAAGACUGAUCAAGGUGUUGCAGCAGAAUUUGCUACCCGCGUAGCCAUCGCUGCCAGGGUCGAUCAUUCGAGAUCUCCUAAUCCGGUGGCUUUGCAAAAGUCAUCUUCGAGAACUUCAAAUUAUUCAGAGAGUGAUUCGCAACCUUGUCCCGAACCUCAGAUAACAAAUACGCCCUGUGUGUCGCCUUCUAAGUUAGAUUCUUCGAUAGAUAGUGCAUCGAGCGAAAAUCAAAUUGUAGAAAAUAAUAUAACGUAUGAUGGUAACCAACCUGGUGGAAUGGUACGAGGGGGUUGGCCACCUGUGCUGUCGGGAGCUAACAUGCCUGUGGAAAUAAUGCCAGUGUCCAUUCAUCCCGGAAUGAUGAUUCCAGAUGAAAUGGUGAGAGCUGGUUCAAUACCUAACCAGUCUUCUAGAGAAUAUCCAUCUGUGCAACAGCAACCUCAAUGGGUUCCCGAUAACAAUACAGUUCCAGUACCAAUUAUAAUUAGUGAAGAAUCUGCCGCCCAAGUGGAGGCUCCAACUCGCCCAGAACGAAUCACUCCAGUGGUUAGCGCUCUGACUCAAGGUCCGACUGUCGAAAUCAGUCACAGACCUCAGAGAGAACAGUUUCCAGUCCUUGGCAAAGGUCAUCAGCAACAGAGUCCGGUGAAACGAAAGCAACAGAGGUCGGAACAAUCUCAGGAACAAACGGAAGUCAAAGUAAAAGACCACCAGCAGCAGCAGUCGUCUUCAAAAGUACAGGCGACUCAGUCUGCUAAUAAGCACAAAUCGACGACGUCGACGACGACGACGACGACGAACGCGCCGACCGACAGUAAAAAGCAUCAGCAGCAAACUCCUCAGGACAGUGACGAAUACGUGCAAUCUGUACAGACGAAAACAGUUAGCGAACCAAAAACGAUAACGAUUAAAAAAAAUGAUAAUGAUAAUUCCGGAACAAAAACUAAAUCAGAUGACAGUUUAAAAAAUAAAGAAAAUAAUAAUUUAGAAACAAGGAAUUUAGAAAAUGAAAAAGAUGUCGUUCAUGAAAGUAAUUGUAGUAGUAAAAGUGAAAAUGUCAAGUGCGACGUCGUAUCGAAAGAGCCAAAAGACCGUUCUCCGGUUCCUCCGUCUUUCGAGGAACCCUCUGGUAAAAAAUCGGAAGAGGAAGAAAAGACGGCAUCGACCUCCUCCUCCGUCAGUAGUAGUAGUAGUUGUGUUCCUGAACCGGAAGUUGUUCCGGCACCCGCGGAAGACAAUGCUUCGUUGAAAACAAACGGAGACGUCACGACCGAAGAAGAAGGAUGGGGGUAUAUAUGGGUUCCUUCGGUUAGUUGUUUUAUACCAUCUCCAUCCCAAAACGGAUUUUCUUUAAAUGAAUGA